GGCGGAGGCGGCGGAAGGAGAGCCGGGCGCGGCCGCAGCGGAGGGAGCGCCGGGGGCCGAGGUCUGCCCUGAGGAGUCGUCUUCUGCCCGCCCGCUCCGUUCCCCAAGACCCUUCCAUGGGUAGCUUCAAUGCCGCAGGUGCCCUGGCGAAUGGGACCGACGAUGGAUAGCCCCCCUAAGCUGACAGGAGAAACGCUGAUCGUUCACCAUAUUCCGCUGGUGCAUUGCCAGGUCCCGGACCGGCAGUGCGGCGGCGGCGGCAGCCAGCGCAGCAACCCUUUCUUUCCCUCUGACCUGGGGGUCAGACGGACCAGUUCGCUCCCCGAGAGGACUCUCCUGCAGGCAGACUCGCUGGUCUACAGCAGCCUCCUCAGAGCUUCGGAAGAGGAGCCCGUGGGUGGGCAGAGCCCUUCCCACAUACUGGCUGCCCCCACAGCCCCCCGGCGGCAGAACCCCUUCCUGCAGAAGGACGGUGAAGCCUGGGAUCUCUCGGAGGAUGACCCGGGGAAGAAGUCCUUCCACCUGCACGAUGGCCGGUCCGCCUUCCGCCUGCACGAGCCGGCACUGCCUCCCUUCCAUCUGCACGGUAGCAGCCCUGUGGUGAGGCCUUGGGGUGGCAGCCACCGGAUGGACACGGUGGAAGGCUGCCCUGGCCUGGCAGCCGACGAGGAGUCUCAGGACAAGGGCCACCUAGCGACAGAAUGCAUGGAGCUGGAUGAGUAUAGCUGCCACCGUGGGGACCCCAACAGCCUCUCCCUGGAGCAGGAGUGGGCCAGUGAGUCAGACGACCUGAUGAACAAUCCGGAGGCCGUCCGCAGCCGGACAUGCAGCUGCUCCAACUCCGAACUGCAGCGCUGCCGGUGCUACAGCCUUUCGAGCCAGUCAGAGCCCCUGGACCAGCAGAUGGGCUACAUCAGUGACUCCUCCUGCAACAGCUCCGAUGGCAUCCUGGUCAACUUCAGCACCCUCUACCAGAGGCGCCACGGCCAGCCUCACACCAACCUGAACUCGGGCCCCUUGUCUUGCGACUCCUCUUCAGGCAGCCAGUCAGACAUGGCCGCCUUUUACCUCGACUUGCACUCCUCGUCACAGGAGUCAAAGUUGCCUGGAGAGCUGCAGGAUCUGGGGGGGGCGGGGAAGUCAUGCGGGUGCCACCACCCUUCUUCUCCUGUCCUGGAUGCCAACUGCAACUCCUACCCACCGCUCUGCGAUCCGUGCCCGUCCGAUGGCUCUGACCUGACUGCGUGCUUUCAAAGCCAGGCGCGGCUCGUGGUGGCCACCCAGAACUACUACAAGCUGGUGACAUGCGACUUGUCCUCCCAGUCCUCCCCCAGCCCUCCUGGCUCUUCCAUUACCAGCUGCUCCGAGGAGCAGGCCAGGAGCAGCCCCCUCCAGCCCACGGAGUAUUACCUCUUCCAGAGACCUGAGGGGAGUGACACGGAGGGGUCCCGGGAUGAGUCACAGGAAGAGUUGGAGAAGAACGCCAUCGAAGGACAGGUCUACAUCAACGUCUCCCCGCCCAGCCUGGCUGGAGGCAGGCAGCGCUCACGGAGCUACGACCGCCACCUGGACCGCAGCCCCUCCAGCCGGCUGGGUUCCCUGGAGCGCAUGCUGAGCUGUCCGGUCAAGCUGAGCGACAGUCCCUCCUUGGCCCUCCAGAGCUCCCCUCCCAAGCGGGUCACCUCCUUUGCAGAGCUGGCCAAGGGCCGGAAGAAGAACGGCUCCUCGCCACCCAUUCGGACCAGCCGGGACUCGUCCCUGGAGUUCUCGCCCAUCCCUGAGGGACAGAGGGACAGUUCCGUAUUUCUGGAGAGUCAGGAGCAGCACAGCCAGAGCCUCCCACCCCUGCCCUUGGCACGCUCCGAAGGCGAAGAUGCCAGAAAAGCCCUCGGCUUCAGGGAGAUACCCACCUGUGGGCGAGAGGGGGAUGAACAGCUCUUUUUCUCUGCAGUGUCAGAGAUGGGAGCCGGUGGCAGCAGCAUCUUUGGCCAGAAGGACAUUCGAGCCCGAGCUGAUGGUGGUGCAGCAGAUGGCAAGGUGGUGCGCUACAGCAAGGACCAGCGCCCCACCACCUUGCCCAUCCAGCCCUUCGUCUUCCAGCACCACUUUCCCAAGCCGGCGAAGGGCCGGGCCCUGCACAGCCACUUGGCCUCCAGCCUCUCCCAACUCUACAGCCUUUCAGCUGCCACUGCUGCUCGCCCAGCCAGCCGAACCCUCUCCUCUGCAUCCCAGUCUUCCACCUCCACCGAGGGGCCUGUGGGGCAAGGCCAGCGUUCUGCCGAUGGGGCGGUUUCCCUAGGCGACGGCCAUGCCAAGAGUGGGCCGGGGCCCGAGACCACUCGCCUGUCCCCGCUGGGCAGUUACUCUCCGGUGCGUAACAACGUGCCUUUCUUCCAAAGCGGGGAGUCCUCCUCCUGCUCGCCCACCCCGGAGACGCAGCCCCCCCGCAGCAAGUCCUGUCCAGUCUCCGCCAACCUCCUGCCCAGCACCAGAGCUUCUCCAGCUGCUGGCAGCUGUGCCACCCAGGGGCGUCCAGGGGCCGGUGUCUCACACAAGCAGAGUGAGAGCCCCUCUCCGGUGGCCAAGAAGGAGGAACCCCCAGGCCUGCCUGCACCACUGGCCAAGGACCGGCUCCCAGUUGGCUCCCUCCUGCCGUUGUUGUCCAGGGGCUGGAGCCUGGCCGGAGCGGAGACCCACAGUGAACCCCAAUGGAAGAUAGGGGGCAGCGAGGCUGCCAGCUUCAGCUCCUUGGGCGUUGGCAUCACCCGGCCUCUCAAUGCCAACCACCUGUCCCUGCAAGCCCUGAAGUGGCGAGAGUACCGGCGGAGGAACCCUCUGGGGCUGGACCGCGUCUCAGACCUGGCAGGGCUGACCGGAUGCCUGGACUGGAAGCCGCCGGAGAGCAAGACCCCCUGGAGGAACCCUCUGCUGGAGAUGCCGGUGGGCCAUUCCGGACCCAGACUCCACGGACCCGCGGUGAAAGAGCCACAGCAGAGCUUCCCCGACUUUUUCCCCGACUGUUUCUCCUUGGCUGAGAAGCCGCCGGCUGAGUUCUGCCUCUCCCCUGAUGGCAACACAGAGUCCGUCUCCGUGGAUCUCCUGCAGAAGAAGGGCCUCGUCAAAGCAAUCAACAUGUCCGUGGACCUCAUCGUGGCCCACUUUGGGACCAGCAGGGAUCCUGGAGUGAAGGCCAAACUGGGGAACAGCUCGGUGAGCCCUAAUGUGGGGCACCUCGUCCUGAAGUACCUGUGUCCGGCCAUCCGGGAUAUCCUGAGCGACGGGCUGAAGGCCUACGUGCUGGAUGUGAUCGUUGGCCAGAGGCGGAACGUCCCCUGGAGCAUCGUGGAGGCCUCCACACAGCUGGGGCCCUCGACGAAGGUCCUCCACAGCCUCUACAGCCGCAUCAGCCAGUCCCCGGAGCUCAGCAGCCACAGCAUGCGCUUCAACGCCUUCAUCUUCGGGCUCCUCAACGUCCGGUCCCUGGAGUUCUGGUUCAACCACCUCUACAACCACGAGGAUGUGCUACAGGUGCACUACCAGCCAACAGGCCUCCUGCCCCUGGGGCACGGGGCCUGCCAGGGCCUCUUUGAGGAGGUGCUGCUGCUGCUCCAGCCCCUCUCCCUGCUGCCCUUCGGCCUGGACCUUCUCUUCGAGCACCACCUGCUGCAGGAGGGGCGGUGGCAGCAGCGGCAGAAGGAACUCCUGCGGGGCCAGCAGGGCCUGCUGCUCUCCGCCCACUCCACACUGCAGCUCAUGCGCACCCGGGGCGCCCAGCGGGCCGGCAAAGCCUCCCGGUGCCCAGCCUCCCUGGAGAGAGCGGCGGAGCCCACCAAGGGGCCCCCAGAGUUGAAGAAGGACAGGCAGGCCAGCUGGUGGCUGCAGCUCACCCAGAGCUCCCAGGUCUACAUCCAGGGCUCCCCGGAGGGUGCCCGCCUCGCCCACCCCGAGCGCAAGAAGAGGGCGGGGGCCAAGUCGGCAGAGGCUGGGAAGGGCCCUCCCCCGAGGGAAGGGGUGGUGGAGGGCGCAGAGGCCUGCCCCCCCACAGAAGCCCCCCUAGUCAGAGAGAGGCUCCCGGCCGAGGAGGCAAAGGGCUUACCCUGGAAGCCGGGCCCUCUGGCUGGGCAGGAAAGCAAGGAGAAGGGCCGGCCCUUCUGGAUGGGCAGCCCCCCAGAUGCUGUGCUGGUGGAACUGAAGCACAGCAGGGAGCAGGACCAGCCGACGGCCCCGCGGAAGGAGCAGCCCGUCAGCCGUGUCCCCAGCAGCACCCAGCCCAAGUGGGCGCACCUCUUCGGUUCCCGCCAGGCGCCCAAGGAGCCCAAACAAGCCAACAGGCUGCCCUCCGGCUGGCUGAGCUUGGACCGCUCCGUCUUCCAGCUGAUGGCUCAGACGGUGGGCGCCAGUGUGUGGCGAGAGGCUGAGACGGCAUCCAAGCAGCUGCCUGUAGCUGAAGGUCAGCCGUCGGGCGGCAGAGCCUCCCCUGGAGCCCCAUGGGCGGUCAAGGCCCUCUGCCACCACAUUGCCACCGAGGCCGGGCAGCUGAGCUUCAAGAGGGGAGACGUCCUGCGGGUGCUUAGCCGGGUGGACGCCGACUGGCUCCGCUGCAGCCGCAAGGAGGGAGCCGAGAGCGGGCUGGUGCCCAUCAUGUACGUCACCCACCUGGAGGAUGCCGAUUAUUGACAGGCAGGCGAUCCUUGAUGGUGCCCAGAGCCGUUCUGGCCAAGAUGCCCCUCACCAAGACUUCUCUUGCCUGCUCUGGGCGAGGGGGGGGGUGCUCUUCCUCUCUGCCGGGGCCUCCGGUGGCCCACCGUUCCUGUGCAUGCGCCUCUCCCCUUUUCUCCGUGGCACCCACGCCGUGUCCAAAUGAACAUGGGGCCCCUGUGAAGGGCCGCCGGGCCCCUGGAAGGCCUGCUCCAGACUUGGGAGACUGUGCUAACCUGUAUUAAUCCUGAGGAGGGGGAGGGAGGGGGGAGGGGAGACGCCGGUGGGAGCAGGGCGGCCUCUGCGCAUGCGUGCAGGCGGAGCUAGUUGUGGGCGGUCUCUGCAGGAGCAGCUGGCCAGUCGGGGAAGUGGGUGUCCGGCCAGCUCUCCCACCAAGGGCGGAGGCUUUGAAGCCAAAAGGGCCCCCGCGGCACAGGUUGGGUGGUGCCGGUGGAACCUCACGCCACUCGAUGGGCAGAAGGUCUUUGUGUGGGAGGGCUCAUGAGCCUGGGUUGUAUUCUGACCAGUGGGGAGGAAGGGGGCUCCCCCCACAGCCAGUGGGCAGUGCCAGUCAGUAUUUGGGGCUGGGCUCUCGCCCGCCCGCCCCGUCCCUCGAAGGAACGCAGGAGUCGGUCCUGCCAGUGUUGUGAGGGUGGCGCCAUCUUUAAUUUAUACUUCCGGCGUUAGAACAGGGUGUCUCGCCUUUAUUUAUUUCUUUAUUUAUGACACGUAUUAAUAAAAAAGGUGCUGAUUACGAGCUC